AUGGCCAGCUCCAGCAUCAGUAUCAGGGCUCUCACCUACAAAUUCCCUCUCCGGAAACUUCAGCCUGUCCAUGUACUAUCACUACCCUCCACCCGUCUCUUCACUACUGCCUCUCCACCCGCUCCUCAGUCUACCUUUGAACCUGCUGGUGACCCUUCACCCAGUCGUCCUCAUCCUGGUCCUGGUCCUGGUCCUGGUCCUUCUGCUAAAAAGAAGCCACGUCCCAAAAGGAAACCAGAAUUUGCUCCUUCGGUCGAUAGGGAGCAGAUAGGAGAUGAUAAUACUUUCCCACGAGGCCCUAGGUUCACUGGUUUGCGCUCUAAAAGCUCUAAAUGGGACAAACAUUCCAAGGGCCUGCCUGAGAAAACUUCUGAAACCCCUCCCGCUGAGGACGAGGACUGGUCCCUAGCAAUUGAUGAAGUGGUCGGUGCGUUUCCUGACGACGAUCCGAAGUCCCAGGCAUCGGGAGCAAAGCUUCAGUCACAAGAAACCGAACCUAAGCCGAAAAAAACUAAACCCAAACAAUUGAAAGCAAAACCUCGGUCGCAGGAAGCAGAGCUUGAAUCGCAGGUCGCACAUCCCGAAUUGCGGCAAAAUGAACCUGAGCUACGGGAACUGGAGACGAAAGAUGGCGAGCUGAAAAAACCGUCGAAGGAUAAGAAAAAGAAGAAGAAGAAACAGAAAAAUGCCGAGGAUAAAACAAAUACGAAGGAAGCUGCUCCAUCGGAUCAGGCAGAGAACUCGGUCAACAAAGAUCCCGCUGGAAUUCAAUAUUCGAAUAAUCUUGCUCCUAUCUCAUCAAUCCUCGACUUCGGACUCCCAAAUCAAAUCGAAAAAGACCCCCUCGUCGCUUCCGUCACUAAUUCCAUCUUGGGCAAAGAAACACAGAACCAGAAACAACAUCAAAAACCCGAGAAGAAAACCUCGGACCCUGAUAACGAGCUUAGUCUGGACGAUUUGUUCCGACGGUUUGAGACCUUCGCGGAACAUUCCACGAGCGUGGAACCACUCGAGAAGAAAAACUUCGACACCAAGGGCGACCGGUUGGCGAAAGCAACGACUGACAGAAAACAGAAGCAUAUGCAACUUGAUCAGGUGUGGGAACGUAACGAGCAAGCCUUUAUAGAAGGGGUGCCAGAAGGAGGAAAGGGAUAUAAAGAAUCAAUUGAGCCGGCGGAAGAGAACGUAGCAAAAGCAGAAGAUCUAGCCGCUACAGAACGGGAGGGCGUGGUAACAGAGGCCGAAAGGAAGACAGACGAGGAAGCAAACGAGGCUAAAGCCAAAGAAACAGCAGUCGACCGUCUUACAAACUGGUUAGACCGACUUGAGGUACGUCGGGCGGAACAGAAGACCAAGUGGGAGGAAGCACGGCCUCAAGAAGAAUCGCUGCUGAAGGACGGAGCACGGUCGAAGGAGGAGUUAGAUACCUGGUCGUCCGAAGGCCGAGAACUUAACACAUCGAUCAUCUUCACUCAGAGUGUACAAGACCCAUCCGAAGCGGACUUGGUUUGGUAUAAUCAGGAUAACUACACACCCACCCGAAGAUACACACGGCCAUCAUCUUCUGAGCGUGAAACUGUUCUUGGCAGGCGAAUAGGAGACCCAUACCAAUUACUAUCCGCUCUAUCAAAUGGACGUAACGAAUAUCACUAUUCUCUCGAAAAUCUUAGACUGAUGAGGCAAGGUAUGGAAGUCGCCGGUCUGCACGAACGCCUACGCCGGACGAAGUUACCAUUCCAGUUCCCAGCCAUCAAGUACGAGGAUAUCGAAAACAUCUUCCGUCCAAAGCUACCAGUGGGAGCCGAAACAGCAUAUGAACCCUUCCCGCUCAUCGUACCGCAGGAAUCUGCCGUUGAAGUCCCGUUCUUAUGGCGUAUUAUAGAAGAAAACUCCAAAUAUCUAGCUUUAUAUGGCGACGUCCAGAGUUGCCAAGGUUACCAUCCGUCGCCCUCUCAAUAUUUUCACAACUUCAUUCUCAACUUCUACGGCUACUUGAAGCCCACAUCGAUCAUCACCGACGCAAACUAUCGACAACCCUACUCGAGGCAGCAAACCAUCCUCAGUUUUAUGGGCAUCCCUACUAUGGUACUACUCACCGUCCCCAACCAACCGAACGCGGAGCCCAUCGAAACCCGGAACCUUCUCGCUCAACUAAUCGCAGAAACAUUUUCAUGUCAUUACUACAACCGCGAGAUCAUGCAAGCUCAAGCCCCCAUAAUCGGUCUUCUACAUCAUGAUGCCCGACUGUGGGUGGUUCUGUACGACCCUGUAGCCGACAUCCCAUAUAUUUCCAAAGCGAUCAAUGCGAAUUUAGACAUUCCAGCAUCACAUGAUAUACCAAAACCACUGAGAUAUCUAUCUCUGUUCGUCAGUGACGCUUUUACUUGUGCCGCUAUUAACGGUAUUGAAGCAAUGCGACACCGGGAGCGUCAAGAAGGGGAAACGGAUACAGCAGCGGAUUGGCGUGAGGCUUCCGAAGGGAUGUGGAAUGCCCUGGAAAGCAGACGGAUGACAUAUAUACAUUUUCCGACUGAAGAAAUUCCUGUAAAGGCUUAUGUUAAGAUGAUAAAGGAUAUGGAUAAGGCUCGUCAAGGGUCAAUGGCGGCUUUGCAGUCAAUUCCACCUCAAUACCGGAUUUCGAUAGGAGAAUCGUUAGAUCGGUGGUGGAUGAAGACCUCGAGACCGAGCUGGCAUGAUCUGACGGAAUCGCUUCCAAAACCGUAUAAAAAGCCAGUCAAUAAGAGAUAUCAAAAGCAAGAUGGACCUCCAUCUAAAAAACCAGAUAAUCCGGAACCCAAACAGCCUGAUAUGGGAGGGUACGAGUAUUUGAUGGGGGGAAGAAAUAAAGGGCCAGGUUUUUAG